AUGCAGCGCCCCAAACGAACCCUCGAGAGCAGCCACGACGAGCUCGACAUGAAGCUUGAGCUGCUGCAGCAACUAUGUCUGCAGGACGCCGCGGAUCUCCAGGCGCCCGACAACCCACACCACCGGAACAGGACGUCGUACCUCGACGAGCGUUGGAUCCAGGCAGAGUAUGGUUGGGCCAUGGAGUCCGCUGCGACCUCCACAGUCAGCUUUCUCGACGAGGAAGAAGAGGACAUGGAUGCGUGUAUGCCGCAUCUGUAUGAUCCUACGCUGUUCUCCGAUCCCCGCGUCGCCUCGACGCUUCCCACGAAACCCACGAACAAGCUGCACCACCGCGCAUACAGCGAGAAAGACAAGGCGAGUCUCACAUUUUGGCUUCGAGCACUGUUGCUCCCUUUACCCCCUCUUCCCCGCCCAUCGCUUGUUCGUCGAGGCGUACCAGACGCUCCCCCGCCCUCGCCUAGCACGCCCCAGCCCCUACAACUCUGGCCGGGGAACUCGAACUCGAACUCGCCGCCUCGGUUGCCUCUGAAGACUUCAAUCUCCGUGUCUUCCCUUCGUACGCAGGCAGCCCCGAACACGCCUAGGAAUACACCUCCUGCGUCUCCUCGCAUUUCCUCGUCUCCGCCUAGGUCGCCUAAAGCGAGUACCUUUCCGCGGGGGCCGCAGCCGAGCGGUACAGAUGCCACUCAAGGCGCUCUACCUUCGUCCGGACGUCCUCCGGUCGGGCAGCGUCAUGCGACGUAUCCCUCGAUAACUUCGACUCUGGAGCUCCUAGAAGAGCGAGCGUCGCCAGUGGAGAAACGAUUGGGUGUGCUUGUCACGGAUACGCCUGAGAUGGCGACGAGCCACGCGACUAACCGCAGUAGAAGCGCAAGCGGAAGUGUUGGUCGUAGCGGCGGAGAGGCCAUGAAGCCUACCAAUGCAGGCGUUAGCCCGACUCCGAAGCGGCCUCAGCGGCCCAUUCUCCCUGCGCUAACUACCUCAGUGUCUACGCCUCAGCUACGAUCCGCACCUGGGGUGCGUUCUGCUAGGUCGUCCAUGUCUGGUAGCUCGUCUAUUUCUCGUUCCACGGUCGUCCCGUCUCCUCCGCUGACUACGCCCGCCACGUCGCUUGUGGACGAGUGCUUCCCCACGUCUCCUUCGAUGGGAGCGGCGUCGGCCGGCGACGUAUCGCCCGAGGAGCAGUCUCAGCCAUCAUCGCGGUGGUCGCUGGACUCGGUAGCAUCUCCGCCAUCGCCCACGUCAUUCCACCCAAUAGGGGACUCCCCCUCGGGCUCGGGCACUCCCCAGACUCCCACAACGGGUAGGAAGCGGGACCGACUGAUCAGCUUCAUCACGCGCGGCCGAUCAGGCUCGCUUGGCAAGGGCACCCCGCCCAUACCAAAUCCGGCCAACUCCGGUCAGGAUAAUAUACCGCUCCCGCGAUCUUCGGUUUCAAGAGAGCCUCCGUUUGUGAUAGUCUCCCCUCGUCCGUCCCUGAGCGCACCAGUAGCCCCGCCCCUGCCAAUGACGACGUCCUUCUCUACCUCUACAUCUACAUCUACCUCUACCUCUACGUCCAUGUCGACCUCAACGACCUCAUCAGCCGCGUCCUCCGCGUCUAGCCUUCAGACGCCCGUGUCGUUCGAUAUGCACCGUCACGCGUCGUCGACCAAGCCCAUGGACCCGUUCUCGCCAGACUCGCGCUCUUUCGUGCCGGAAGCCUACGCCGCCCCCAAUCCGAGACCGGGCGCAGGCGGCGCACUGUUGCCGCCGUUCGAGUACCAAGACGUGUAUGAGCCGCACCAUCGCCCGCCUACGCCACCCACUUCUCCCCCGCCACAACCGACCCUGCCCCUUCCUUCGCCUGGCACGCCUUCCGCGUCAUUCCUCUCAUCCCCGCAGCAACGAUCCCAGUCGUUCUUCGCCUCGCUUCCCUUCAAGAUGGGCACCAAGCGGCGAGACAAAAAGCUUGUGAUUACGGGUGUGCCACUGGAGGACGCAGAUGACGGCAAGGAUACGGACUGGAAGGCCAACGAGAAGCGGAGACGCUAUGAGAAUGUUGUGAGGUGGUGCGAAGGGUUCGGCGAGGUUCGAAAGAUCGAGCGUAAACCAGACGGCACUCUGCAUGUGUUUUGGCGGGAUUGGGAGUCGGCAGACAUGGUGUGCCGGGUUCAUGCUCAGGUGUACAUUAAGGAUGUUGGCCGCGUCAGCCUGGCCUGGCAGUUCAUCAACUGA